AAUAACAGAAUGGCUGUUCCCUUAGCUACAAGAAGGGGGGCGUGGCCUCGGGCAUGAAGCAUGUGGAGACCAACACUGCGGACGUGAAGCGGCUGCUGCACGUGAAGGGCAAGAGACACAUCAGGGCCAUGGAGGUGGACAUGAGCUGGGACAGUUUUAACCUAGGAGACGUCUUCCUGCUAGACCUGGGGAAGGUCAUUCUCCAGUGGAAUGGCCCAGAAAGCAGCAGUGGGGAGCGCCUGAAGGCCAUGCUCCUGGCAAAGGACAUCCGUGACAGGGAGCGAGGGGGCCGGGCCGAGAUAGGUGUGAUAGAGGGCGACCAGGAGGCAGCCAGCCCGGAGCUGAUGAAGAUCCUCCAGGAUAACCUGGGCCGCCGCACCCUCAUCAAGCCUGCCUUGCCUGAUGAGGUUGUGGAUCAGCAGCAGAAAUCCAGUAUCACACUGUACCAGGUCUCAGAUGCGGCUGGACAGCUGGCCGUCACCGAGGUGGCAGUGCGGCCACUGGCCCAGGACUUGCUGAACCACAAUGACUGUUACAUCCUGGACCAAAGAGGAACCAAGAUCUACGUGUGGAAAGGAAGGGGAGCCACAAAGGUUGAGAAGCAGGCGGUCAUGGCCAAAGCCCUGGGCUUCCUCAAGCUGAAGGGCUACCCUAGCAGCACCAACGUGGAGACGGUCAAUGACGGGGCCGAGUCAGCCAUGUUCAAGCAGCUCUUUCAAAAGUGGACAGUAAAGGACCAGGCCAGGGGCCUUGGGAAAACAUUCAGCAUCGGCAGAAUCGCUACGUUUUUCCAGGACAAGUUCGAUGUAACCUUGCUACACAACAAGCUGGGAGUCGCAGCCCAGGAAAGAAUGGUCGAUGAUGGCAGUGGGAAAGUUGAGGUCUGGAGAAUCGAGAACCUGGAGCUCGUUCCCGUGGACCACUCACAGUACGGCUUCUUUUAUGGGGGAGAUUGUUAUCUGGUCCUGUACACGUAUGAGGUCAACAGGAAACCGCACCACAUCCUGUACAUCUGGCAGGGCCGCCACGCCUCCCAGGAUGAGCUGGCAGCCUCAGCAUACCAGGCGGUGGAGGUAGACCAGCAGUUUGGCGGAGCCCCUGUGCAGGUCCGGGUCAGCAUGGGGAAGGAGCCACGGCACUUCAUGGCCAUCUUCAAAGGGAAGCUGGUCAUCUUUGAGGGAGGGACUUCCAGGAAAGGAAAUGCUGAGCCCGAACCUCCAGUGAGACUCUUCCAGAUUCGAGGAAACAACAAAUCCAACACCAAGGCCGUGGAGGUGCCAGCCUUUGCCUCCUCCCUCAACUCCAACGAUGUGUUCCUGCUGCGGACCCAAGCGGAGCACUACCUGUGGUGCGGCAAGGGGUCUAGCGGGGACGAGCGGGCAAUGGCUAAGGAGCUAGCCGUGCUUCUCUGUGAUGGCGCAGAGGACACUGUGGCCGAGGGCCAGGAACCUGCUGCCUUCUGGGACCUCCUGGGAGGGAAGACUCCCUACGCCAACGACAAAAGACUGCAGCAGGAAGAGUUGGACGUCCAGCCCCGGCUCUUUGAGUGUUCCAACAAGACCGGCCGCUUCGUGGUCACUGAGGUCACGGACUUUAACCAGGACGACUUAGAACCGAGUGAUGUGAUGCUGUUGGAUACCUGGGACCAGGUGUUCCUGUGGAUUGGGGCUGAGGCCAACGCCGCAGAGAAGGAGAGGGCCCUGGCAACAGCCCAGGAGUAUCUGCGCACACACCCCGGCGGCCGGGACGCCGACACCCCCAUCCUAAUCAUCAAACAGGGCUUCGAGCCACCCACCUUCACCGGCUGGUUCCUGGCCUGGGACCCUCACAUCUGGAGCGAAGGAAAAUCCUACGAACAACUGAAAGAAGAGCUAGGAGACGCAGCGGCUAUCCGGAGAAUCACUGCCGACAUGAAGAAUGCAACCCUCUCCCUGGAUUCCGAGGACAGUGAGCCGAAAUACUACCCUGUAGAAGUUCUGCUGAAAAAGCAGCCUCAGGAGCUGCCUGAGGGCGUGAACCCUGCCAAAAAGGAGAAUUACCUCUCCGACCAGGAUUUUGUGGCUGUGUUCGGCAUCCCAAGGGGGCAGUUUGCUGCUCUGCCCGGCUGGAAGCAGCUCCAACUCAAGAAAGAAAAGGGGCUUUUCUGAGGCAGGUGGGCAGAGGGAACUCCCUGGCCACAGAAGAGAGCAGAGAGCGGCAGCAGAGAAUCCCCUGCCGACCUCUCCCUAACACACAGCUCCUUCACUGCCAGCACGAGCAUCUGCAAAGAAAGGCCAGCAUGGCCUCCAUUUUUUUCUCCCCUCAUCCUCGCAUCCUUUGGUGGUUAAACACUGAAAAUGUUAACCACCCACUUCGUGGGUUUUGCAGCCUUCUAGCUAAAGCCCCCGCAGACAGCAAAUUGCAUGA